AUGAUCUCAAGAGUACUUGCCAUUUCUUCUCUUCUGGCUGCGGCCCGCGCCCAGCAGAUAGGUACAAACACCGCAGAGGUGCAUCCUGCCCUCACUUCUAUUGUCAUCGACGCCAACUGGAGAUGGCUCCACACGACCAGUGGUUACACCAACUGCUACACAGGCAACUCUUGGGACGCCACUCUCUGCCCUGAUGCAGUAACAUGCGCUGCAAACUGUGCUUUGGAUGGUGCCGAUUACUCUGGAACUUAUGGAAUUACCACAAGUGGCAAUUCGCUUAAGCUUAACUUCGUCACCAAGGGUGCAAACACCAACGUCGGCUCCCGUACCUACUUGAUGGCCGCUGGAUCGAAGACACAAUACCAAUUGCUUAAGCUUUUGGGACAAGAGUUCACAUUUGAUGUGGACGUAUCGAACCUCCCAUGUGGUCUUAACGGCGCCUUGUACUUUGCUGAGAUGGAUGCUGAUGGAGGAGUGUCUCGCUUCCCAACCAACAAGGCUGGUGCCCAAUAUGGUACAGGUUAUUGUGAUGCCCAAUGUCCACAAGACAUCAAGUUCAUCAACGGUCAAGCAAACUCCGUCGGCUGGACUCCUUCCAGCAAUGAUGUGAACACCGGAACUGGACAAUAUGGUUCAUGCUGUUCAGAAAUGGAUAUUUGGGAGGCGAACAAGAUUUCUGCCGCUUACACUCCUCAUCCAUGCUCCGUCGACGGACAAACUCGUUGCACCGGAACAGAUUGCGGCAUUGGAGCAAGAUACUCCUCCCUAUGUGAUGCUGACGGAUGUGACUUCAACUCCUACCGUAUGGGCGACACCGGCUUCUAUGGUGCAGGUCUUACUGUAGACACCAGCAAAGUCUUCACCGUUGUCACUCAAUUUAUCACCAACGAUGGAACAACAUCUGGCACUUUGAGCGAAAUCCGCCGAUUCUACGUUCAGAACGGCAAAGUUAUCCCCAACUCCCAAUCUAAGGUUACCGGCGUUUCCGGAAACUCCAUUACCGACUCUUUCUGUGCCGCACAAAAGACUGCUUUCGGCGACACCAACGAGUUCGCUACAAAGGGAGGUCUUGCUACCAUGAGCAAAGCCUUGGCCAAGGGAAUGGUACUUGUUAUGUCCAUCUGGGACGACCACUCGGCCAACAUGUUGUGGCUCGAUGCCCCAUACCCAGCAAGCAAAUCUCCAAGCGCCGCCGGUGUCAGCCGUGGAUCUUGCAGCGCCAGUUCAGGUGUUCCCGCCGAUGUCGAAGCAAACUCCCCAGGCGCCUCUGUCACCUACUCCAACAUCAAAUGGGGCCCCAUCAACUCCACCUACUCCGCUGGCACUGGCUCCAACACUGGCUCCGGCUCUGGCUCUACCACCACAUUGGUUAGCUCCGUACCAAGCUCCACCCCAACUUCUACCACUGGUGUUCCCAAAUACGGCCAAUGUGGAGGUAGCGGAUACACCGGACCUACCAACUGCAUCGGAAGCACCUGUGUUUCCAUGGGUCAAUACUACUCCCAAUGCCAGUAG